UUAACGGCAGUAGGAAGUGGUCAGGAUGUGUUUGUGUCGCUGUUCCAGAAAUGAAAAUCAUUGAAUCAGCGUUGGACAGGGAGCUAAGCGUCUCCGCCGGACGCCGCGCUGUGUCACGAAUUCUGUGCCGUGGCGUGGCUCGGUAGUCCACUGCCUGCUCCUCUGGUUUCACCCGAACCAGCCUUCACUCGAAGGUAUUUGACAUUUACAUCAGAAUUGUGUGAUUGCGAAAUGACAGCGGGAUACGCGAAGUGCUACAUUGAUGGCUUUCAGGCGUUACGUUAGGCGUUCGACCCAGCUCUACCUUUUGAACUUUCGAGAUGUCAGGAGCUAACGUCAUGGAGUCCACCAAAGCGCUCGGUAAACUGGAACUGAGCCCUGGCUUGGGUGCUAUUGGGGACAGCAAGUCCAUGAAUAAGUCCGGCCAGCAGCUUCUGGGACCACAGGACCACGCUCACCUGAACGGCUGUGUCCCACUUUCUCAUCAGGUGGCAGGUCACAAGUAUGGAGUAAAGAAAGUUGGUAUUUUACAACACCCGGAUGGAACGGUCUUGAAGCAAGUUCAGCCUCCACCCAGAGGACCACGAGAAAUGCAGUUUUAUAGCAUGGUGUUUGCAGAGGACUGCUCCGAUCCUUGUCUGCUGGACCUCCAGAAACACCUUCCCAAAUAUUAUGGCACCUGGUCCUCUCCUGACAGCCCAAACGAGCUCUACCUGAAGCUGGAGGAUGUGACGAGUGGCUUCAACAAGCCGUGCAUCAUGGAUGUGAAGCUGGGCCGCAGAAGCUACGAUCCGCUCGCUUCACAGGAGAAACGGGAGCAGCAGAUCAGAAAAUACCCUCUGAUGGAGGAGAUCGGAUUCCUGAUCCUGGGCAUGAGGGUCUAUGAUGUUCGCAGUGAAACGUUCAACUCCUACAACCAGCACUAUGGAAGGGCCCUGGCUCAGGACACGGUUAAAGACGGCUUAGCUGCAUUCUUCGAGAACGGCGUGUGUUUGAGGAGGGACGCCGUCCGGGCCAGCAUCUGCAGGGUCCAGCACAUUCUCAACUGGUUUCACUCCCAGCACCAGCUGGCCUUCUAUGCCAGUUCCCUUCUUUUCGUCUACGAGGGUCUUCCCUCCUCUUUCACCUCAUCCUCCUUGUCAUCUCUGCUCAUUGGUCCGUCAGUCGGCGACACCGUGGUGAAAACCACCCAUUCGGUGCUGGUUGGUGAUGGCGGUCAGAGCCAGGAAGAGAAAGCUGGUCAGCAGGAAGCUGGACAGGAAAACAAGCUAGCCGAGUACAACAACAACACCGAGGUGGGCGUUUUGUGGGUUCACACCAAUCACAGGAAGGACGGGGACAAGCCCUGUGUCCGGGGUCACCUCCACCUCAGCAGGGUGGACGAUGUAGUUGCCGAGGUAACGAAAGAAUCCGAUCACUCUCCUGUGCCGUACGAAGAAGACAACACGUGUCAGAGGAGGGCCGACUCGAAGCUGUCACCAAACGGGAACAGAAACCAGGAUGGAGACAGAGGCAGGACAGAGGAGGACGAGGACGGGCUGGAGGGACAGAGGGGGACAGUCGGACACGGCGGGACAGGAGACGCAGCCGUGGAGGUCAGAAUGAUCGACUUUGCUCAUGUUUUCCCAAGCGAUAGCCUGGACCACGGCUACAUCUAUGGCCUGAAGCACCUGCUGACGGUGCUGGAGCAGAUCCUGUGUGACGCCGCUCAGAGCGCGCUCAGUCCGCCUACCUCCUGAAGUCCACACACAACCACUGUGUCUUCUGCUCAGCUAACGCAAAACUGGAACGGACUGAAGUCUGACGGAUGAGCCACCGUUGAUUCUUCUUAUCCUGAUGGCUUUAGCUGCGUUUCUGUUCGUGACUGCGUCCCGUAUUUUAUCACAGGUUUUAUUGUCGUGAACAUGUAUUAGCGCCUCAGCUGUUGGUUGUUUUGGAAAAGUUCUGGAUAAAUAAUAUUUUAAGUUAUAAAAACAAAAUGCAGCCUGUAUUUCCCACAACUUGUGGGUCGUAUUUCUGGAAUUUUAAUUCCACAAAACGUACAACCUGGAAAUUCCAGGAGUUCAUCCCGCAUCUAUCCUACAUGUUUCUACGUCGUACCCUGAUUCCAGCUGAUUAUGGUCCAGCCCCCCCCCAAGCUUCCCUCCACGCAACACCCUGUAAGUUGUGGGAUGCCCAGGCUGCAUUACGACCUGCUACCUUCAUACCUUGAUCACUGGAAAGUCUUUUAUUAGCAUGCUUCAAAUGAGCAACAUGUUCCUGUUUUUCUCAUCUCUUUAUAAGAUACAGGAUAUGUGUUCUAUAAUAUCACUUUACAUUAUGCAACUGUAUAAGUGCUAUUUUGACUAGCUAUAGUGAAUUAGUGACGUUUUCAGACUGUCUGGCUCUGUGUCAGGCACAUAAUCAACUCCUAAUGCAACUCCCAGUCUGAUCACCUGACUAAUUAUUAGAGGUGUGCCGAUCGAUCGGCCACCGAUCAUAAUCGGCCGAUUUCCGUGAAAAAGUGUAUGAUCGGUG